CUCUCUCUCUCUCUCUCUCUCUCUCUCUCUCUCUCUCUCUCUCUCUCUCUCUCUCUCUUUCCAUCAUAGUUCGUUCUUCGUGGAGAGCCGCUGAGACAAGGGCUCUACUGAACGUAUUAGCUAAGUGACAGUCUCCACUGUGAUUUCAUUCCUAAAUUGUUUCUCACGGUUCCUUUUCGCAGCAUGUCGAGCCUGUUGGAGAAUCCGUUGCAAGCCGUGCUUUAUUUAAAGGAGCUCACCGCAAUCGUACAGAACCAGCAGAGUCUCAUCCAGACUCAGCGACACCGAAUCGACAUCCUGGAGCGCAGAAUGGGGGAGCUAGCCGUUGAGAAUCGUCAGCUUCGGGAAUCAACCCAUCGUCACCCUCCUCGACACCAUCCUCCCACACCCCCUCGGAACCCCAGUUUGCCCCGUGCGGCUCACCGUCCGCGCCCGGCCAGUAGAGAUGGGACAUCCUCUCUCCAGGCGCAAGGAGCGCAAACUCAGCAGCACUCGCCACAAAACAUGCAGCUUGUGCCCGCCGUGCGCACUAAUGCCAGCCCGGAAUCAUCCCCGGAGGACACCAGAAAACCGUGCUGCCGGUCACUUGUCCCACAAACCUCUACCACUCUUUGCCGAUCUCUAGGUAUCCCAAGGAAUUCUGAGAGCCAGACUGUCCUGCACCAGUUUUGCUGCCCUGCCCCUGAAGCUCCUGAAGUGGAACCUAUUGGCUACUCUAGUUUAGUGCAUCCGUCUGAAGGAGAGGAAGAGAAAUAUGAGGAGAAAUAUGAGGAGAAAUCCAGACAGCCACGCCCUUCCUCCUGCUCCCACACUCCGGAUUACAAGCUCCCGCCUGAUCUCAAACAAAAACAGAUAGAGGAGUUGGAGCAGAAGUAUGGUGGUGCACUCACCUCUCGCCGUGCUGCUUCCAAGAUACAGACAGCAUUCCGACAGUAUCAGCUCAGCAAAAACUUCCAAAAGAUCCGCAACUCGGUUCUGGAGAGUGGGAUUCCACGGCGCAUGUCCGUGCGCAGAGUGCGGGUGCAGCGGGACGGCUUCUCUGCUGAGCGCGCGCUGAUGGAGGGAUGCUCUCUCAUGGGUAUUCCUCUCAGGCAUGCCACCUCUCUGCCCCCGGUCACCUCGAGCACCCUCACACAUCUGGAGGACACUUUUAAUGAACAGGUCCAGUCAUUAGCCCGGUCCAUAGAUGAAGCCUUAAGUAAUUGGAGUUCUGUGCAUGAUGGAGAAGGGGAGAGAACUUCAGUAACCACACCCCCGGGACCAGGCACAGAGGGGUUACUAAUGGACCAUGCUACACUUCAGGAAGCCACACAGAAUACGUGUACAGAAAACAUGCCUCGCAGUGCCAGCAAGCUCAUGAUGGCCUUUAGAGAUGUGACUGUCCAAAUUGACAACCACAACUUCCGCCUGUCCUCCUCUGUGCUCGAAUCGGUUUCCCUAGGCAACGGCGUCUCCAAGGAAACCAGCUUGGAGCCCCAAGUAGAAUCGAAGGCCACUGGCCAAUCUGAAUCUUCUAUCCCAGCUGAGCCCAAGUUCCCAUCCCCAUCACCACCAGCAAGCGAGGAGACAGAUCCGGAUCAGCGGCCGAUGCACGACGGCCUCGAGCCUGCUCAGGAAGGCCCGGAGAAGCCACAGGAGUCCCAAAACAUGUGCGAGGUGGCAGAGAGCAGUUCGGAACCAGUGAGCACCAGCAGCACGUCAACAUCUGCUUGUGAGACCAUGAUCCUCUCCCUGCCAAGCACGCACUGCCGGGACACCCACUGUGGAACGUUCUCCACGGACACUGCCCGCAAACGCUUGUACCGCAUCGGACUCAACCUCUUCAACAUAAACCCAGACAAAGGCAUCCAGUUCCUGAUCUCCCGAGGUUUCAUCCCCGACACGUCCAUAGGUGUGGCUCACUUCCUACUGCAGAGGAAGGGCUUAAGCCGGCAGAUGAUUGGAGAAUUUCUGGGCAGCAGCAAGAGGCAAUUCAACCGAGAUGUUUUAGACUGUGUGGUGGAUGAGAUGGACUUCUCCACGUUGGAGUUGGACGAGGCUCUCCGGAAGUUUCAGGCUCAUGUGCGUGUGCAGGGAGAGGCUCAGAAAGUGGAGAGACUCAUCGAGGCAUUCAGUCAGAGGUACUGUAUGUGCAAUCCAGAUGUGGUCCAGCAGUUCCAUAACCCUGACACCAUCUUCAUCCUGGCCUUUGCCAUCAUACUGCUCAACACUGACAUGUACAGCCCCAACAUCAAACCUGAGCGUAAGAUGCUCCUGGAGGACUUCAUACGCAACCUCCGAGGAGUGGAUGAUGGCGCCGAUAUUCCACGGGAGAUGGUGGCUGGCAUUUAUGAGCGAAUCCAGCAGAGGGAACUGCGCUCCAACGAGGACCAUGUGACCUAUGUCACCAGGGUGGAGCAGAGCAUCCAGGGAAUGAAGACAAUCCUGUCUGUGCCUCACCGGAGGUUGGUGUGCUGCAGUCGGCUCUAUGAAGUUACAGAUGUGAAUAAACCGCAGAAACAAGCAGCGCAUCAGAGAGAAGUGUUCCUCUUCAAUGACCUUAUAGUGAUCCUGAAGCUGUGCCCUAGGAAGAAGAAUGCUGCCACAUACACGUUCUGUAAAGCCAUGGGCCUACUGGGCAUGCAGUUCCAUCUGUUUGAAAAUGAGUAUUAUCCUCAUGGAAUCACGAUCUUGUCUCCAUUCUCUUCUGAGAAGAAACAGGUGGUAAGUUUCUGCUCUCAAAGGUCUGAGGAGCUCCUGAAGUUUGUAGAGGACCUGAGGGAAAGCAUCGCUGAGGUAGCAGAGAUGGAACACAUUCGCAUUGAAUGGGAAUUAGAGAGACAGCAGGCGGUGAGAAAUCGCUCUGCUAAGAGUAAUGGCACCCAGCUGGAGAUUCACACCACACCAGUCUCUCCUGCAGGGGACCUUGAUAUCUAUGACAAGACAGGAAACAAUACAGUUGAGGUGUCAAUUCACAACAGGCUCCAAACGUACCAACUCAACUCUCCACCGGCUCCUCCCAACGCUCAGCCUCAGCUGGCCAUCCUGCCUAGCUCUGACCCCGGGUCCGCCCUCGCCAUCUCCCCUGACACGCUCAUCCAGUGCCAGCAGAUUGUCAAGGUGAUUGUCAUGGACUCGGCCGGCCAGGGACAUGUGGAGGCCUUCCUCAGCCACAACCCUACCCACCGCUUAAUCCAGUCAGCUGUUUCCAGCCCAAGCAAGUCACGAGAGGGCGGGACACAGCAGCCGCCCCUCCCCCCCCCUCCGCCGCCCUAUCAUCACAAGCACCAGUUCUGCCCUCCAACUCCACCUCCUCCACAUCAUGUGCUGAGCCAUCGUAGGUACUCCAGUGGGACACGCAGUCUAGUCUGAGUCACUCACACACACAGAGUUUGACUGAAUAAAUUCUCCAAACCUGUUCCAAAGUGCACGCAAGUGGUUUUGUAUAUUCAUUUCUCAAAUGUGUUUGGUGCAAGACCACACUAAACACUUUCCUUCACUGAAUCAGAGCAGCAAGCUAUUAGGCUAAGUGAAUAUUUCCACAAUCCAUCUAAAUUGUGAUCCUAUUCUUAUUCGAUGAUCCUAGGGAAAGAAUUUGCUAUUCACAUUAUUUUAAACUAUUUAAUGUCAUGGUGACUUGCUGCCGGUAGCCUCCGCUAGACUGCCGUGGCUGAGCAUGUGGGCUUUGUUUAUGUUUCUGUUGUCUUUGCAUGUGUGUCUGUGUUGUGUUUGUACCACACCUGCUUCAGGUGGUGUGUAUUGUCCAUCGGUAGUCUCAUGACUUCGGCGCCGUUACUAUGCUUUCUCUUAUUUAAGGCUGUUCUGUUUGUGUGCCUGUGGCGGUCAUUAUUGUUAUGUUGGCUUCUUUUGUUCUACUCAGUGCGUUUUUAUAUUCUGUUUUGUUUUUGUUCGUUUCAUUAAACCGAUCAUCUGGAGA